AUGUUUAACUCGGUUAGUCUGGGAAGCUUCUGCUCACAGACGCGAAAAGACAGGACUUCCGAGUUCGGAGACAGAGCGAGCUGUGCGUCCAACCUUUACCUCCCCAGCUGCACAUAUUACGUCCCCGAAUUUUCUGCUGUCUCUUCGUUCCUGCCACAGGCCCCAUCUCGGCAAAUCACCUACCCGUACUCCACGAACCUCUCCCAAGUGCAACCGGUUCGGGACGUUUCUUACGGUUUGGACCCCUCAACUAAGUGGCACCAUAGAGGGAACUAUGCGUCCUGCUACUCUGGGGAGGAACUGGUACAUAGAGACUGCCUUCCGCCAUCGUCCACCAUGACAGAAAUGCUGAUGAAAAACGAAAGUGUAUACAAUCAUCACCAUCAUCACCACAACCACCCAAGCUCCAACCACCUAUCCACGGGCUUUUAUUCGGGUGUGGGGAAAAACCACGUUCUACCGCAGGGCUUUGAUCGCUUUUUCGAAAGCACACACAAUGGGACCGAAAACAGCUCGACAGAGAACUGUGCUCAGAACGGCGAAUCCAGUAAGCUGGAUUCGGCGUCUCAGCCGCCUGCCGCCCUCCUCCAUAGCGCCACAGGCCCUGAGAAAGACCCAGAGAAUGAAGAGGAAAACGUUAAUUCUGGUUCUUGUGCUUCUUCAUCGGGCAAGAAAGACGACAGCGCCAACAAAACAAGCCACUCGAUGGCUCCCAGUACACCACGCACCAGGAAGAAGAGGUGUCCUUACACGAAGUUCCAGAUUCGGGAACUGGAAAGAGAGUUCUUCUUUAAUGUUUAUAUCAACAAGGAGAAACGGUUGCAGCUCUCCAGAAUGCUAAACCUCACUGACCGUCAGGUCAAAAUCUGGUUCCAGAACCGCCGAAUGAAAGAAAAGAAAUUAAGCCGAGAUCGGCUGCAGUAUUUUUCUGGAAAUCCCUUAUUGUGAACUAAACUCUAAACUGGUAGCUUUGGUGAGAAAUAAUCAUAAAUAUUAUCAUCUCUAAAACUGAAUUGCCUUCGGAGGACAAGGCCGGACACGACUGGCCAAAAACAAGUGUUAGGUCAUUAAUGGAAACGCUGGGACUAGAAAGAAAAUAAGUUAUCAAUAUGUUUUACGUUUCCUUGUUUUGUUGAACCAAUAACAUGAACCAGCAUAAAACAAGACAUUAGAGAAAUGUAUCUCUGACAAUAGCAGAGCAAUGAAGGUAAACUAUUCCAUUGUUUUCCAAUGAAAUAUUUAUAUUUACCGUUUGUCACA